GGGGCAGCUGGGCUCUCCCAACAACUCAGGAGAGAUCUCCCUUGAAAAUUUCAACAGUUUAAUAAUCCCUGAAAUCUAACGCUAGCUGACAAAACCAUACUAAGACAAACUUUGCUAACAGUUAGUAGUUAGCUAGUUGGUUAUAGUGAGUGAGUGAGUGAGAGGGGGAACCCUUUGGCAACCCUUUAACUGAUCAGCAGUGAUCACGUUCAGCAGCAUUUGUGGUCAGUUAAAAGAAGCCAUACGUGCUUCUCCGACAGAUUUUUAUGGAGGCUGUUUUGAGCUGUAAACCUGAGGAUUUGGAGGAUUACUACGGGUUACUGGGAUGUGAUGAACUGUCAUCGACCGAACAGAUUCUCAAUGAAUACAAGAUUCGAGCCUUGGCAUGUCAUCCAGACAAACACCUCGACAGCCCAAGAGCAGUGGCAGAUUUCCAGAAGCUGCAGGAAGCCAAAGAGGUUUUAUGUGAUGAAAACAAAAGGAAAAACUAUGAUCUUUGGAAAAGAAGUGGAGUUAUGAUCCCAUUUCACGACUGGCAGGCCUUGAACGACUCAGUGAAAACUUCAAUGCACUGGGCUGUGAGAAAUAAGAAGGAACCAAUGUUGGAGGCCUCCAAACCAGAAGACCCCAUCACGUCACAAGCAGAGAGCUUUCACUGUGAGCAACAGGAAACGGGGAAAUCUUCGUGUGAAAGCACGACAUACUCAGGUGAUUUCUGCCAUCGACGCUUCCGCUGGGCUGGUGACUCUCCAUCUAAUCUGCUGCGGAAAUUCCGAAAUUAUGAAAUCUAAAUAUAUUAAAACUUUCACGUUGUCUAAGUGUUGCUAGACUUGGGACCAUUUUAUUGUAAUGCCAGCUUUUAUAGAGUAUGUUUAGGUGUUGUGCAGCUGUGACAUCAUUAACUGUCUCACUGUUGCAAAGCUAACUGUCAGGUAUAUGUUAUGUUUGGCUAAAUACUUUAAUAUUAAUAUUAUUUUUCUUGCUUGGUGUGUACCUUCCCUACAGUUUGUUGUAAAGACAGCAUUCUGGCACCAAAUUGCUUCCUCAUUUUUUUCUGUCAUGUUUGAAUUAUUUAAUGUGUCGUCACUAAUAUCUCCUCAUUCAGGUGAAUGGGAGGGCUAUAGAGGACUAAUUAACCACCAGAAAAAGAGAGCCAGAAAAAUGUUACUUCAGCUAUCAUUUUACCACCGAAUCAUAAGAAAUUUGUCUUUUUUCUUACAAUGUCUCCCUCAAUGUCUUCCAGAUGUAUACUUUGUGAUCUGGAGACAUUUGAGUGAGACGAGUUCCAUCUAACUGCCCAAUAGACUUAUAUGAAGUCUAUAGGCAGUCUAUUGCGCAGUGAGAUGGAAUACAUAUAUAUGUAUCUCUCUCAGUAACAUACAGUGGAGGCAUGAUUGUGCGUGAUCUUAUUGUUUGCUGUAAUGUAUGUGUGUUUGUAUUAGUAUUAUUCUCUGACUUCUUCAGCUUUGUUUGAGGCCAAACUAAUUCUUUGAAUAGAAGCCUUAAGUUUUCCACAAUUGUGUUUUAGUACAGCAUAUUUACACCCACCCUUUAUCAGAGGGAAGUCACAACUUGUGGUCUAUAGCUAAAUAUAAUAUGUUAUUUUGUAAAGAUAUAAAAUCACUUAUUGUUUAGUUUGUUUCACUGCACUGUCAGAAGACAUAUAUUUUAAAUGUUCAGUAGCAAACCAUAUGAAGUGAACACAGGGUUUCAAAUCUUUAAGGUGGGAGUCGGAAUCAAGAAAAAAGACACAUGAUUGAUGUUAUGUUUUCUGGUGCUCUUGCUAAUAUAAAUAUGGUUAAAUAUCGCAAAUAAAAUAAACAAUAAUAAUAAUAAAAAAUAAAGAUUACCUGUAAAAGCAGCUGUUAAAAAUAGCAGGCUACAGAAUUUUUUAGUUCCUAUAAUGAAAAACACACAGGCUGAGUUUCUGUAACACAGAUUUAGCUGUGAGCAUAAACCUUUUAAGGGAACUUGCUGACACAGUCUCUCCCACAAUCUGCCCAUGCUUUUGCAACAUUUUUCCAAGCCCUUGUUGUCCAAAUCUGGCAGAUUUUGCAGUGUCUUAGUUUCUUGUUCUUGGCUGACAGGAGUGGCACCCGGUGUGGUCUUCUGCUGCUGUAGCCCAUCUGGUUCAAGGUUUGACAUAAUCUGCUUUCAUGGAUGUUCUUCUGCAAAGCCUGGUUGUGAUGAGUUAUUGUUUGAGUUAGUGUUGCCUUCCUAUCAGCUCCGGUCAGCAAGUAAAUUUCUAUAUACCUAAAUACUCUGAGAUUCUGCCAUGUGAUUAGGUGAUGAUAUUUUCAUUACUGAGUGACUGGUGAGUGUAUUUAUCAGACAUUUCAUCAUAAAUAAAAUGAUGGCAUGACAAUCCAA